CAGGAGGACUUCUUCUAUUUUGGCACGUCCUACAUCUUUUCAACCUCCAUUUCCAUCCAUAUAUGGUGCAUCUACAUACAUAUUCUUGGUUAGUUUUUCAUCAAUAAUUAGUUUCAUAUCAUAUAUUAUGAAUUUUUAUUGUGGGUGGAGAUAUAUAUAGUUUUGUAGAGAUAUAGAAGUGAAUACAGAUACCAUUUUCUGUGUUUUUGAGAAGGAAACAUUGAAUUUCAUUCAAUCUAAAAGGAUUUCCAGUACUGCCCUCAGCUAUGAAGCUCUUCAAUGCACCAUUUCAUUUUGCUAAUCUCCUUUCAUAUUUCAUCUUCUUUGCUUUUUGCCUCAACUUUGGUAUCAUACUCAAAAACCACUUAUUUAAUCUCCGUGUUACUCAAUUAUCCCUCUCCACUUCACCACCAUCACCACCAUCCAUCCCGGCAACCACUGGAGCUUCCAACAAUGGCACUCAUAUUGGACCCAAAGAAUAUGUAAAGCCGCCUCGUGUUAAGCAUGACAUGGAGGAUGAUGAAUUGCUAUGGAGAGCCUCAAUGACUCCGAGAAUUCAAGAAUUUCCAGUCAAGAGAGUUCCAAAGGUUGCCUUCAUGUUCUUGACUAGAGGACCGGUGUUGUUAGCCCCGCUGUGGGAGAAGUUCUUCAAAGGACAUGAAGGGCUCUACUCAAUUUACGUCCACUCUGAUCCAUCUUUCAAUGAAUCAGAGCCUCAAAAUUCAGUAUUCCAUGGUCGGAGAAUUCCCAGUAAAGGAGUCAAAUGGGGAAAGAUGAACAUGAUAGAAGCAGAGCGUCGCCUGCUAGCUAAUGCUCUUCUUGACAUCCCAAACCAGCGAUUCAUUCUUCUCUCCGAAACAUGCAUUCCUCUCUUUAACUUCACCACCAUUUACUCUUACCUUAUCAACUCUACCAAAAAUUUUGUAGAGGCCAAAGUUCUACCGAGUUCAGUUGGUCGUGGGCGAUAUACACAUAAAAUGAAUCCAACCAUCAAAUUUCAACAAUGGAGAAAAGGGUCACAAUGGUUCGAGAUGGAUCGAGACCUUGCCAUAGAGGUCAUCUCUGAUAAGAAGUAUUUUCCAUUAUUUCAGAACUAUUACAAGCAUUCAUGUUGUGCUGAUGAACACUACUUACCUACAUUUGUGAGUAUGAUGUUCUGGGAGAAGAAUUCAAACAAAAGUUUGACUCGAGUUGACUGGUCGAGAGGUGGGAUCCAUCCGGCUACGUUUAAGAGAACAUAUGUGACCAUGGAGUUCUUGGAGAAGAUGAGGAGUGAGAGCAAAUGUGAAUACAAUGGAUAUACAACAAGUGUUUGCUUCUUGUUUGCAAGGAAAUUCUCCCCUCAUGCAUUGUACAGAUUGUUGAGGUUUGCACCAAAGGUUAUGCAUUUCAACAAUUAAGUUUAUAAAUGUACAACCAAUCAUCAAUUUGUUUUUAGAUUUAUAGUAUCGUCGUGUCUGUAUGAUACUGUACUAUGUCUCAUGUCUAAAUGGUAGAGGUUAAGGACAUGGUAAAAGCUGUGAGUUGCACAAUGCGGAAUGGUUGUGAAAUAUAGUAUCGAUAAUCAACCUAAAGGGGGUGAAUAUGUUCAACUUACUAUUUUAUCCCAUUUUUUUAUUAAUUUAAAUUUAUCGAAAUAAAAGAAAAUUAAACACUCUUAAAGAAAUAAAAAAAAAAAAAAGUGCAAGUAAAGUAAAAAAGUGAUCGAUCGAGUUUAGAGUG